UGCCCUGUGUGUGUGUCCCUGUCAGAACUACGGGUUCCGCCAUGUCUUCCCAUGAGGCCCCGCGCUGCCCGGCCAGGCUGUGCUGGGAUGAUGGCGGCGCCUCUGGUGCUGGUGGUGCUGGUAGCAGUGACAGUCAGGGCCGUGCUCUUUCGCUCCACUCUCGCUGCCUUCAUCUCCGAGCGCGUAGAGCUCGUGUCUCCGCUCAACUCAUGGAAGAGAGUUGUGGAAGGAAUGUCCCUUUUGGACCUUGGUGUCUCGCCCUACUCAGGAGAUGUUUUUCAUGAAACCCCACUUAUUAUUUAUCUCUUCCACUUCCUCGUAGACUAUGCAGAGAUAGUCUUUAUGAUUACAGAUGCAUUAACAGCUGUUGCACUUUAUCUGGCAGUUCAAGAAUAUAACAAAAUGUCGUUUAAGAAGCAGAAACUAUACCUGGAACUUAAUAAGUAUGUUCCAGAAUCUCAGGAACUGUUGAGAGUACCCACUGAAAUGUACUAUGUGCCAUUGAAGGUGGCUCUCUUCUACCUGUUGAACCCUUACACCGUUCUAUCAUGUGUGGCCAAGUCUACCUGUGCCAUCAAUAAUGCAAUCAUUGCUUUAUUCAUCUUGGCUACAGUGAAAGGUAGUCCGCUUCUAAGUGCCGUGUUUCUAUCAUUAGCCACCUACCAGUCUCUGUACCCAAUCACGUUAUUCACUCCAGCCCUCCUGUAUCUGCUACAGAGAGAGUUUAUUCCAGUGAAGAUGUCAAAUUCCAGUUUCUGGCUAUUCACCUGUCAGUAUUCAUCCCUUUACCUGGGCAGCCUCACUAUCUUGAUCUGCCAUUCCUUCUUCUUGCUGACCUCGUGGGACUUCAUCUACUCCAUUUAUGGCUUCAUAUUGUCAGUCCCGGACUUGACCCCAAACAUUGGUUUGUUCUGGUACUUCUUUGCAGAGAUGUUUGAACACUUCAGCCUGUUCUUUGUCUGCGUCUUUCAGGUCAACGUGUUCUUCUAUACUGUGCCACUGACCAUCAAGUUAAAAGACCAUCCAAUGUUCCUGAUCUUCAUACAGCUUGCAAUUAUCUGCAUCUUCAAGUCGUACCCCACAUUGGGGGAUGUUUCGCUCUACAUGGCUCUGCUCCCCAUGUGGGCCCACCUGUCCAGGUUCUUGCGUAAUAUCUUCAUAGUCUCCUGCAUGCUGGUGGUGUGCUCACUUCUCUUCCCAGUUCUCUGGCACCUGUGGAUAUAUGCUGGAAGUGCCAACUCCAACUUCUACUAUGCCAUCACACUCUCAUUUAAUGUGGGACAGAUUCUGCUGGUGUCUGAUUAUUUUUAUGCAUUCCUACGGAGGGAGUACCACCUCCAUCAUGGUCUCUACCUAACAAAGAAAGAUGGAACUGAAGCCACUUUAAUCUUGAAGUAAAUCCUUUAUGGACAUUAUAAGGCUUGUUAUGGGGAGGGACAUGCUAUGAUGGGGGCAGGGCCCUCCUGUGGGGCUGAGAGACAGUAAGUUCCACCUCAAGCCUGUCCCUCCAAAUAUUCUAAAGAACAGGCAGGAGGAUGGUGUAUUAAUAUUUUUAAAAAGUUUGAUGAUUUUGACAAGAUUAAGUGGCAUGGAAGAUAUACCGUACCCUUCUAACAGACAUGCUGCAAUUUACAUCUCUGCUAAGCAUGAAGCAUUGGUGAAAAAAGAAACUGCAUUAUUGGAGAAGAUCAGGCAGUCAACUGGAGGCGACAAACGUGUGUGCUGUAUAGGCCGAAGCUGCUGAUAGUAUAUGGCAAAGGGAAGAGGUGCAGCACGCUUGGAUAGGAUGCAAGUGGACAUUUGGUGCUGUAGUAAGAGUCCUCCUUCUGCAAUUAUUUUCCUCUACAACAGAUGCCAGUCUUCUAAAAAAUACAUUUGUAAACAGGUAUAAAACAGACAUUAAUAAUAACGCACAUAUGGGUUAAGAGAGUCAAAAUCAGCUACUGAAUUCGGCAUUCUUAUAAAUUUUAAUUGCCAGGAAAGAUUGUUUGUGUUAGUAUUACCAUAAAGAUGAUUAUUAUGUGGCAUUCUAUUAUAUAUCAUUAAACAGUUAUGCUCACAGUGUGUAAUAUUCUAGAGCAGGCAAAAUUAAGCUAUGGCUCUCGACUGUGGUUGAACGGACAGCCUUGGCAUCUAGGUAUAUAUAAUCAAGUGGAGAAAUAUGGGUGGCCUAUGAUGCUUGUAGAACACUGUACACUGGAUGCAUAUCUUACUGAAAGUAUUGAUGAGCGUGCUAACAAAUACUUUUUUCUCCUUUACGUUAACUAUCCACAGAGUGGUACUGCCCUUACUUACUGCACUGAAAUUCUUCAUUGGUUAAUGAUGCACUUAACCCCGUAGGUUCCACAAUGGACAACAGCAGGUUUUCAAACCUACCUUGGACCCUUCAUAAUGCCUUCCCCUCCUGUCACUGUCAGCUGGUUAGUAACAGAUGAAUCUUUCUCUGAUUCAGCCAUGGAGGGUUUUUAAUAACAUUUGCUCAAAGUACCACCAACACAUCAUGUUUUGUGACUUUCUUUCAUCAUGCACAGAUUAAUCUGUUUUGCUAUGUUAUUAAUUGCUUCACCUGCUUACACACAAUUAAUCCUCUAAACAUGACCAUUUGGGAAAGGGUUGAAGCUGAGAACCACUGGGACAGAUACUUUUACUGUUGAUUUUGUUUUUUAUGAUUUAGUGCAGUUUUACUCCUUUUGAGCAAUGUUAGUAAAAAAAAAAAAAUCAAAACUGUUAAAUCUGGAAACAUGCACUGUUUGGGUUAUGUCAGAUGGGCAUUGUCUGACAGACGUUUGUGAACCAAAGAAACUGCAUUGUUUUCUUUUACUGGCCCAGAAAGGCUUGUGUAGCUACCUUUGUAAAAUGACGCUGGCUACUCUUGGCCACUAAAAGAAAUUAUUUAUGCUGUACUUCUUUUGUUUAAAAUCUGUUCAUGGGCGAGGUUUGCAACCAGUCUGACUUUCAGUUGCUAUGUGAUUAAAUGGUACAAUUUGCAAUGGACCCUUUUUUGACAGAAUUAUUCAAAUAUGCACUGUUUUUGUGUGUUUUUUUUUUUUUUUUUUUCAUAUUUGUGUUCAGUUUGCAAAUUUUAUUUAUUUGUGGGAAGUGGGACCUAAAUAAAUCGGCUGUAAAGCAACAUCUGGAGUUAUGUUUGUCUAGCUAAUCUUUUUCAUGCAAGAAGGGUAGACUGGGAGUACAGUAUGUAUAAAGCAUGGUUUACAGUGCUUUAUGAAUGUCUGUCUAGAUUGUUAGACUGAUGUAAUCUAAACAUUUCCCAUUAUUGUUUGUGUGUGGUGAAGCAACAACAACAAUUUUUCAUCUACUGUUCAGUUUUUAAAUGACUCCUUAUUACAUAUAAACACCACACACAACAGAGUACUUAUUUUUGAAUCAUCUAAGUAAAAUAAAGAAUGUUCGUUUUGGGAUGCUGAUGUGUAUAGGAUACAGGACUUGACCAAACAACUUUAAACUCUUCAUAAACACUCGCGUAGCAAUUGUGGCAUGGACAAUCAAGUAAAAAGCGAGGGUAGAAUUUAAUAUCCUCUUGUCAGUCUGACAUCCUUGUGAGAACAGUGAUAAAGCUGAGCAGUUGCUAGCCCCAAAAAUGACAUUAUAAUGUCCCACUGGACAAUUACCCAGUUUUGAGAAGAAAUGUUUUCAAUUUGAAAUGUCCGAUUGCUAAUUUAGAUUGUUCCAGGUUGAGUUUACAGGGAGAGGAGAUACACUUAUUUUAAAAUAUAAAAAUACUUGUACUAGC